GAGUACAGUUCACACUCGCAAUUACAACUUUCUUUCCAAAUUUCCCAACCCAGAUGAUAAGAACAUGCAAGAAAUACUGCGUAACGCUGCAUUGAGGAAUGAUGGGGGGAUUUUUAGCAGACGCGGCCAAGAAAUUGCAAAACAUGCAACUGAUAGUUUAACAGAAAAGGAUGACAACGCUCUCCACAUCGCAGUUUUAGCAGGUUCUUCUAAUUUCAUUACUAAUCUGCUAGAAUAUAUGGACCCGAAAGAUUUGGAAAGGCUAAAUGGCGACGGCAAUACUGCCUUUUUUCUUGCCGCUAAAUAUGGAAGGGUUAGAAGUGCUGCUGCGCGGAUGUUAAGUAUGAACAGAAAGUUGCUAUCUAUCCGUGGAGAAGCUGAAAUGCUACCAAUUCAGAUAGCAGCUGAGAAAGGCCACAUAAGGAUGGUGGAAAGCAUUUAUGAUGUAGGUUAUCAGGGCCCUAAUUCUGAAAAUUUAAGUGAAGAGGAUUGCAAGAAAUUGCUUCCCAAUCUAGUUUGUAUAGCUGAUUUGAUCGAUAUUGCGUGGAAAUUGCUACAGGAACACCCGAAUAUAGUCGAUACUAAUAUAGAAAUUGGAAGGACGACGAGAGAUGAAACAUUUUUGCAUGUCUUAGCUCGAACACAUUUGAUCUCUCUUGAGUUGUCCAAUCAAAAUGAGGAAACACUAGUCCAGAUAUUCUUCCAGAUAUUCUUCAACAAAUCAUCGCACAUAAACAAGUGUCCCCAUGAAAAACUGCCCAAGGAAGCGCUGGAUCUACUCAAACACUUUUUGGACAAAAUAAAUCGUUCUGACGAGUGGAUGGAAAAAGUAAUAGUUGACGCUGUCCAACACGAAAACGUUGAAUUUUUAAGCUUGAUUAUUUGUGACUAUUCUGGGUUGAUGGAUUGCACAAGAACAGCUGGCUUAAUAUUUUCCAAUGCUAUUUCAAAGCGUCAGAAGGAUAUCUUCCGACUGCUAGAUGAUUUACAUCCAUCAUUUUGGGAACACAUAGUUGACUACAGAGAUUCUGAAAAAAACAACAUCUUGCAUUUGGCUGGAAAGUUGAGCCCACCUGAACGGCUCGAUGCUAUAUGUGGAGUAGCUCAACAGCUACAGGAAGAGUUGAAGUGGUUUAAGGAAGUGAGUGAAAUGGUGGCUGUAUCUAAAGCUUGUGAGAAAAAUAAAGCUGGAAAAACCCCAAAAGCCUUAUUUGAUGAGGAGCACAAACAAUUGAAGGGAAGGGCCGAGCAAUGGAUAAAGGGCACUGCAAAGUCAUGCAUGAUUGUGGCAACACUUAUUGCCACUGUGGGUUUUGGUGCACCUUUCACAGUACGUGGUGGGACCAAUGAAGAGUCGGGAAUGCCUCGUUUUUCCAGUCAACUUUCCUUCAGAAUUAUCUUAUUUGCAGACACAAUAUCUGUGGUAUUAUCCGUGUACUCCCUUUUAAUCUUCUUAGCUGUUCAGACUUCCCGAUAUGCAGAAGAAGAUUUUCUUCUGGAGUUACCUAGGAAGUUGGUGUUUGGACUGUUGACCCUUUGGCUAUCAAUAGCAGCAAUGAUGGUGGUGUUUUGUACAAGUAUUUUCGUUGUCUUCAAAGUUGAUAUUAUUUGGGUUCAAAUUCUGCUUAGUGUGAGCGCUUCUUCACCAGUCUUGCACUUCGUCAAGAUGAAUAGGCGACUCUUGUACGAUGUAGUGCGUAAAACCAUUGAAGUAAAUUCUAUUUUGAAGGAAGAGAAUGAAAGGGGAGUGUAUACAUGUCUUGAACAUUCUAGACGUUGGUUGAUCUCAUGGAUCACAUGUAAAAGGGGACGGAAUACAUGUCAUCAUCAUUCUACACGUUGAUCGAACUCAUGGAACUCAUGUAAUCUGUAGCCAUUGUUGUAUUUGUGUAUCAUUCAUGCCUCCAAAAGAUAAUGAAAUUAUGGUCCAAGCCAAAUAUUAUGAACAUUCUACA